CUUUAUUGCCUAGGGAUUAAUGUCAAGGAAAAAAGUCUGUACAUAUUCAGUAUGGAUAUAGCCAUUCAUUUUUUCCAAACAUUUCCAUCUGCAGUUGACUGAAUCCAUGGCUGCAGAACCCACGUGUAUGAAGGACCAAGUGUACACGUUUCUUAUUAAAUUUCAAAAACAAAAAAAUAAAACAGGGAAGAAACCAGAAUUCCAUCACUAAGAUCUAAUCAUCCUUAACAUUUUGGUGUGUAUCCUACCAGUCUUUCUGUCUUAUGAUUUAUGAAGUUUUUAAAAGGAUGGGGAGGGAGGGAAGCGAGGAGUGAUCAGCAUGUGGUUCGGGAUAAUGGCUUCUUUGGUAGGAAGAGGCACAAGAACAAGAUGCAAGACAGGAACCCACCAGUAGUUUACUUAUGUUACUACAUACUGUGGAUGUUUUCUUUUAGGUGGUAGGUUAAUUAUUAAAAGUAACUCGAGAAAUAAAAGUGAGUCAGGUCUAGACCAAGAAUGAGGAUGUAUCAUCAACCAAGGAUUAUGAUUAAUCCAAUUUUGUGCACCUGUGAUCCAAUUAAAACUAAAAGAAUUCUCAUAAUAAAUAGAUUCUGUGCUGUAGUUGAAAGUAAGUGUAGUCCUCUGAAGACCUAAACUGACAUUUUAAAGACAAACUGUUCACUGACAAAUCAGUGGGAAAAAAAUUACUUCCCUUUUCACUAAGAAGGCUGCCUUUUGAUUACUAAACCUCACAGAGUUCUGCAAUGAGUUGUGAAUUCCAACUCCUGUUCACGAUGAAAUUGACCGCAAUGUUUCAGACAUUCAUGAGUCAGAAGGUUUCAGUGUAAACCAGGUAAACUUCCCAGGUCCCUUCUACCUCCAAAAUUAUGUAUUUUAGAUUAAUGACCUGGUGUGUCUACCCACUCAAUUAAUAAAGCAAGAAUGACUUUUCCAGCCCCAUUUCCUGUUAAUUACACAGGGAGUUUCAACUAGGGACAGUUUUUAUUGCUCACAGCAAAACUCCAGAUUUAUUAGUUUGUUUUUCUGUUUAUAGCCCUAUUGCUUUCAAUAAAAAUGAAGGGUUUAAUGUGGUGAGAAAAUCAGAGUAAAACGUGCAAUAAUUUAAAAUAAUUCCCAGGUAAUAUUAGGACACUAAUAUGCAUGCUUUCGGUUUCUAUUUUAGCUACAGUUGAGCCACAAAUUUGGCUCACAGCUUCCUAACACUCAAAACAAAGAGGGAAACAGGAGAAGAAAGAUUUGUGAUGCCUACAAAACAAUUUGGGCUGAGUUUUCCAAAGAAAACCAGAAUUUCCAUGUGCUUAGAAAGAUGUCCCCAUGAUAUGCUAGAACAGGCUUCUACCGGCUCUUGAGAGCCAAUGGUUAAAUAUCCAGAAUUUUUACAAAUAUGUUGUUAAACCAUUGGUAGCUUGAAACUGACCAUGGUGGGAAUAUUUAGCAAACACUACAAGUCAGGGCUUGCUUUUCCUUUAGAAUCCAGUUUACCAGCACACUACCACAUGUCCCCAGUGGUCCUCAAACAGAGACACUGGGUGAGGUCAGGAGAGGUGCAAGUGGGUGGGGAAAGGCUCAGUGUACAACUUCCUAUAUACAACAGAAACCCAUCCCUUGGAGCAGAAGAGAACAGAAACAUAUACCUGAGACCAGAGAAUGACUUCAAAGUUUGCAUCAGCAUCACCCACCCCACCUGAGUCCUUCUUUCCAAUACUACCCUUUGGAAUUUCAUACCUGGGAAUACAAAAACUGCUAUGCCCAUUGAGGGGCAGACAUAUCUCCCCAAAGAUACAUCUAAAGAAAUGGGAGAAUUUCAGGUUGUGAACUUUAUGCUUUCCACUCAGUCAGCACUUCCAAGCCCAUGUUUCACAGCAUCAUAAAAAGUCUCCUUCAGGGAAGAAAAAAUGUCCCAUAGCAAAAUAAGUAGUAAUCUUUAUUGCAGGACUUCUCAGAGCCUUUAAGGAGGCAUAUGUGUCCCUGUGGCAAAGUAUGCAUUAGUUCCGAAAUUUGUUUUACCCCAAAACACUUCGUGGUGACACAUCUUGGGACACCAGACUGAAAAACGCCACCCUGGUAGUCAGGGUUCAUUAUGAUUUGGAAAGGCAAUCCCAGGAUGUUAUUCCAUGGAAAUGUUUCUUUUGUGUAGGACUUGAGGCUCUGGCAUUUUUCUUUAUAAAAACAUGAGUUGCAUAUCUUCGCUUUUCAAAUGAGCCAUUUCAUUAACUGUGUAGGUGUUCAUGCAUCCAUCAGCAGAGCUGACUUAAGGCAUGAAGGAAACAAUUCAGGACAAGAAGUUUCUUAACUUCCUGUUGCCUGUGUCCCCAGCAACUUACUCAGCUCUAUAUGAUGGACACAGAGUUUGUUAUGUUGUGGGCAGUACACACAAGUAUGCAUCCACUCAACCAUCAUCAUGGAGCCCCUCCAUGUUCCAGGCCAUGGAUGGGACAGACCUGGCCCUGUUUUCAAGGAGCUCAGGAUGUGGCAUUAAUGAAUGUCAGCUUCCUCUAUUUACAGCCUUGCUUUGCUUUGUCUAGGCUUCUGCCUCCCAGUUUUGCUCUGCACCAUGCUGCUCUUCAUCGCUAUUAUUCAUCCCUUUCCCUCACUUCCCUGAUAGCUUUUUCCAAUGACUCACAAGAACCCAGCUCAGCUGCUUUUCAUUACGCUCCUGUCUUUGCAUUUUUCCGACUCAAUUAAGCCAUUACCAGAGCUAAAUGAGGCAUGGACUCCCCAAAAGUCACACCUGUUGUCAGGGAGAUGGAGGGCAAGACCGUGUGCAGCUGGCAGGCAGACAGCAGAAGCCAGGCUUGGGCUUGCAAGAGGCAGCCAAGGGUGACCGGGCAGUUUGUGUGUUUCCCCCAGCGUUGAAAGAGGGCCCUCAUUUAAAAACAAGAUGUGCCUUGCUUUGGUACAGAAGGAAUGAAGUCUGAUAUAGAACUAGGAAUGGCUGUAUUGGUGAUGGCAGAAGGCAUCACAGAAGGUCUCUACGUGAUGUGGCUUCCAAAGACUCAAGGACCACCCACCUUACAAGUCUGCAGUGAAGAAGGCAGAAAUGGAGAUUCGAACACCACGUCUUCUAUUCUUUCAUUAGUCACUCUGUAGACAUGUGUCCCCACUGAAGGGAGUGAACUGCUCCAAGGGGGAAAGUUCUGGGAGCCUCCAAACUCCUAGCUGUCUUGUCCCUCACCCUGGAGAGAGGGCAGAACCAUGGCAUUUUAUAGCUGCUGCUGGGUCCUCUUGGCACUCACCUGGCACACCUCUGCCUAUGGACCCGACCAGCGAGCCCAAAAGAAAGGGGACAUUAUCCUUGGGGGACUCUUUCCUAUUCAUUUUGGAGUAGCAGCCAAAGAUCAAGAUCUCAAAUCAAGGCCGGAGUCUGUGGAAUGUAUCAGGUAUAAUUUCCGCGGGUUUCGCUGGUUACAGGCCAUGAUAUUUGCCAUAGAGGAGAUAAACAGCAGCCCAGCCCUUCUUCCCAACUUGACGCUGGGAUACAGGAUAUUUGACACUUGCAACACCGUUUCUAAGGCCUUGGAAGCCACCCUGAGUUUUGUCGCUCAAAACAAAAUCGAUUCUUUGAACCUUGAUGAGUUCUGCAACUGCUCAGAGCACAUUCCCUCUACGAUUGCUGUGGUGGGAGCAACUGGCUCAGGCGUCUCCACGGCAGUGGCCAAUCUGCUGGGGCUCUUCUACAUUCCCCAGGUCAGUUAUGCCUCGUCCAGCAGACUCCUUAGCAACAAGAAUCAAUUCAAGUCCUUCCUCCGAACCAUCCCCAAUGACGAGCACCAAGCCACCGCCAUGGCAGACAUCAUCGAGUAUUUCCGCUGGAAUUGGGUGGGCACAAUUGCAGCUGAUGAUGACUACGGGCGGCCGGGCAUUGAGAAAUUCCGGGAGGAAGCUGAGGAAAGGGACAUCUGCAUUGACUUCAGUGAACUCAUCUCCCAGUACUCUGAUGAGGAAGAGAUCCAGCAGGUGGUGGAGGUGAUUCAGAAUUCUACAGCUAAAGUCAUCGUGGUUUUCUCCAGUGGCCCUGACCUUGAGCCCCUCAUCAAGGAGAUUGUCCGGCGCAAUAUCACAGGCAAGAUCUGGCUGGCCAGUGAGGCCUGGGCCAGCUCCUCCCUGAUCGCCAUGCCUGAGUACUUCCAUGUGGUUGGAGGCACCAUUGGAUUCGCUCUGAAGGCUGGGCAGAUCCCAGGGUUCCGGGAAUUCCUGAAGAAGGUCCAUCCCAGGAAGUCUGUCCACAAUGGUUUUGCCAAGGAGUUUUGGGAAGAAACAUUUAACUGCCACCUCCAAGAAGGUGCGAAAGGACCUUUACCCAUGGACACCUUUUUGAGAGGUCAUGAAGAAAGUGGCGGCAGGUUUAGCAACAGCUCGACAGCCUUCCGACCCCUCUGUACAGGGGAUGAGAACAUCAGCAGUGUCGAGACCCCUUACAUAGAUUACACACAUUUACGGAUAUCCUACAAUGUGUACUUAGCAGUCUACUCCAUUGCCCACGCCUUGCAAGAUAUAUAUACCUGCUCACCUGGGAGAGGGCUCUUCACCAAUGGCUCCUGUGCAGACAUCAAGAAAGUUGAGGCGUGGCAGGUCCUGAAGCACCUACGGCACCUCAACUUUACCAACAAUAUGGGGGAGCAGGUGACCUUUGAUGAGUGUGGUGACCUGGUAGGGAACUAUUCCAUCAUCAACUGGCACCUCUCCCCAGAGGAUGGCUCCAUCAUGUUUAAGGAAGUUGGGUAUUACAACGUUUAUGCCAAGAAGGGAGAAAGACUCUUCAUCAACGAGGAGAAAAUCCUGUGGAGUGGGUUCUCCAGGGAGGUGCCCUUCUCCAACUGCAGCCGAGACUGCCUGGCAGGGACCAGGAAAGGGAUCAUUGAGGGGGAACCCACCUGCUGCUUUGAGUGUGUGGAGUGUCCUGAUGGGGAGUACAGUGACGAGACAGAUGCCAGUGCCUGUAAUAAGUGCCCAGAUGACUUCUGGUCCAAUGAGAACCACACCUCCUGCAUUGCCAAGGAGAUUGAGUUUCUGUCGUGGACGGAGCCAUUUGGGAUCGCACUCACCCUCUUCGCCGUGCUGGGCAUUUUCCUAACAGCCUUUGUGCUGGGUGUGUUCAUCAAAUUCCGCAACACGCCCAUUGUCAAGGCCACCAACCGCGAGCUCUCCUACCUCCUCCUCUUCUCCCUGCUCUGCUGCUUCUCCAGCUCCCUGUUCUUCAUCGGGGAGCCCCAGGACUGGACGUGCCGCCUGCGCCAGCCAGCCUUUGGCAUCAGCUUCGUGCUCUGCAUCUCAUGCAUCCUGGUGAAAACCAACCGCGUCCUCCUGGUGUUUGAGGCCAAGAUCCCCACCAGCUUCCACCGCAAGUGGUGGGGGCUCAACCUGCAGUUCCUACUGGUUUUCCUCUGCACCUUCAUGCAGAUCGUCAUCUGUGUGAUCUGGCUCUACACUGCACCCCCAUCAAGCUACCGCAACCACGAGCUGGAGGAUGAGAUCAUCUUCAUCACGUGCCACGAGGGCUCACUCAUGGCACUGGGCUUCCUGAUCGGCUACACCUGCCUGCUGGCUGCCAUCUGCUUCUUCUUCGCCUUCAAGUCCCGGAAGCUGCCAGAGAACUUCAACGAAGCCAAGUUCAUCACCUUCAGCAUGCUCAUCUUCUUCAUCGUCUGGAUCUCUUUCAUUCCAGCCUACGCCAGCACCUAUGGCAAGUUUGUCUCUGCCGUGGAGGUGAUUGCCAUCCUGGCAGCCAGCUUUGGCUUGCUGGCAUGCAUCUUCUUCAACAAGAUCUACAUCAUUCUCUUCAAGCCAUCCCGCAACACCAUCGAGGAGGUGCGUUGCAGCACCGCGGCUCACGCUUUCAAGGUGGCUGCCCGGGCCACGCUCCGCCGCAGCAACGUCUCCCGCAAGCGGUCCAGCAGCCUUGGGGGCUCCACUGGAUCCACCCCCUCCUCCUCCAUCAGCAGCAAGAGCAACAGUGAAGACCCAUUCCCGCAGCCCGAGAGGCAGAAGCAGCAGCAGCCGCUGGCCCUAACCCAGCAGGAGCAGCAGCAGCAGCCCCUGACCCUCCAACAGCAGCAACAAUCGCAGCAGCAGCCCAGAUGCAAGCAGAAGGUCAUCUUCGGCAGCGGCACAGUCACCUUCUCACUGAGCUUCGAUGAGCCUCAGAAGAACGCCACGGCCCACAGGAAUUCUAUGCACCAGAACUCCCUGGAGGCCCAGAAAAGCAGUGAUACACUGACGCGACACCAGGCAUUACUCCCGCUGCAGUGUGGGGAAACAGACUCAGAUCUGACCGUCCAGGAAACAGGUCUGCAAGGGCCUGUGGGUGGAGACCACCAGCCAGAGGUGGAGGACUCUGAAGAGUUGUCCCCAGCACUUGUAGUGUCCAGUUCACAGAGCUUUGUCAUCAGUGGUGGAGGCAGCACUGUCACAGAAAACGUACUGCAUUCAUAAAAUGGAAGGAGAAGGCUGGUCUGGGGAGAAUGCAGAGAGGUUUCUUGGGGUCCCAGGGAUGAGGAAUCACCCCAGACUCCUUUCCUCUGAGGAAGAAGGGAUAAUAGACACAUCAAAUGCCCGAAUUUAGUCACACCAUUUUCAAUGACAGUGAAUUGACCAAUGUUUCCUUUAAAACUGAAAAAAAAAAAGAGCCUGGUGUUUCUGUGGUUGCAUUUGUCAAAGCAUUGAGAUCUCCAUGGUCAGAUUUUCUGUUCACCCACAUCUAAUAUCUCUUCCUCUGUUCUGUCCCACCCAACAGCUCAGAGAUGAAACCGUGGCUUUAAACUACCCUCCAGAGUGUGUAGACUGAUGAGACAUCAAAUUUGCCACUACCAGAGCUGAGAGUCUGAAGUCACCAGUCCUACCCAAUGCCCUGACAACCGACUGAACUUUAAAUGUUCACAUCAUAAGAAGAAUGCAUCUCCUCCUAUUUAUGAAAACCAUAUGCUAUUUGGUCUCCUGCCUGCUGCUGCUAUUGUGUAACAUCCAGAAAGGUUGUGCCUUUCCUAUACCACAUGUCUGAUUCUGUCCAGGACAUGAUAGUGACGCCAUGUUUAGAUUCCAGGAUCACAAGAAUCACCUCAAAUUGUUGGGAAGAAACUGCAUAAACCAAUGAGCUGUAUCUGUAAUUAACAUUCCGAUAUGUAGCUUUAUCCUUAGGAAAAUGCUUCUUUUGUAAUUGUCCAUGGACAAUAUAAACUGAAAAAUGUCAGUCAGGUUUAUAUAAGGCAGUAUUAUUGAGCUCUAGUUCUCCACCCCACCAUUCUCACUCCCAUAAGCUGAGCCUUAUGUGAGCCCCUUUAAGGUCUCAAGGGUCCAGAAGUCUCUCCCAUCCCUACCCCUAAGAAUUCCUGAAGCCAGAUCCACCCUGUCCCCGUGCAAAGUAAGCUCCCAAUUAUUGGCUUGCUAAUAGCUACUAGGGUAAGAAAGCAGGAUUCCAAGAGAGCCAUCCCCAAAUGUCAGAGUUAUGUUCUCUCCAGCAGUGGCGUUAAUACUGCUUGUCACCCAGGCUCUGGAGCCAGAGACACAGACCAGGGUUCAAGCCCUGGCUUGGUCACUUGCAAGUUGGGUGACUGUAGGCAGGGAACCUUAACCUCUCUAAGCUCCAGCAUCUUUGUCUCUAAAAUGAGGAUAAUAAUCAUUCUUCCCCCUCAGAGCUCUUAUGUGGAUUAAACAAGAUAAUGUAUGUAAAGUACUUUAGCCUGGUGCCUAGCACACAAUAAGCAUUCAAUAAAUAUUAGUUAACAUUA